GAAAAGUGUGCAAAAGUUAACUGUCGAUUAACAAUUGUUCAUAUUAUAUUUAUGCAUAUAAUAUAAAUAUUUUAUAUGUGCAUUGGAUUCCCGUUUGAAUUCACGAUCUCUACGCGCGCUUGUGUGUGUCUUUCUGUGGCACGGCCGCUGAAUGUGAACGGGUUUUCGGUUGUCUCUGUGAAGGCUUAUGGAACGAAUUCGCGAGGCUGGCCCCGGGCCCCAGACCCAAUAAAAGCAACACAAGGCUUGAUUUUCCUUAAUGCCAGAGCCUCCGCUUGUAAAUGCCACAGAGGCCUGUUGUUCUGCAGAUUGAUUCAAUCGAUUUUUCCAUUGAACCGAUGCUGCUGCUGCUGCUGCAGUAAGUGUGAGUGUGUGUGGUGUGUUAGUGUGUGGGUCCUGCGAGGACUCUAUACAAAUAAACCAUUAGGUUAGGUAAACGAAACGAACAACAAUAGGCCCUGCAUGAAGCCAAGGCAGGAACUUGGCCCCUCGUCCAUCUUCCAGUCCUUUCCAGCUGCUGCAGCUGCUGCCGCGCGUGUUGGUGUUUGUGUGUGUGCACUGGAACGAUCAUUCCCUUGCUUGCGCGUGUGUGAGUGCAGAAAAUUUGAGUAAAUUCCGUCCGCGAAUGCGCAAAUUGCCGUCUUGCCAUCCAAUUCUGCACCAACGGAGCCAGCCAACCGCACGGCAACGACAGAGGCCAUAGAAUCGAAAGAGAAUGCUCUGGGAGACCCUCUGACAUUUCCAUCAUCUUCAUUAUCAUCAUUCAUCCCCUCUGGAGAAACAGCGCAGCUCCCGUCUCCACUCUACCCUGUCGCUUCUUCUGCUGCUCUGUGGUGGGCGAGUGAACGACGAUGUCUGCCACUCUCUUCGACAUGGCUGCGCAACCGGAGGAACAGCAACUGCAACAGCAACAGCAACAGCAUCUCUUGUCGGCUCUUGAGGAGCAGCAACUGGUGGCUGGACUGGCCUGUCUAGAGCUGAGUGAGGGAAUCACAGCAACCAGCAACUGCGAUGGCAGUGACAGCGGCCUGGACGUGGCCAGCAGCUGCUGCCUCUCCCAGGUGACGCUGCAGCGGGGCCUCAGCAGCACCAGCGGGGGCUACACCAGCAGUAAUGGCCUGGAGGAUAUCUACGACAGCUGCGAACUUAAGGUGGUCUCCACCGGCACAGUGGAUCUGGCUCCCAGCGAGACUGGCAGCGAGAAGGAGUCGCCCCCAAGGCGCACGAACACCAGCAACAGCGCGGUGAAGAAGAAGGUUGCAAUGUUCGAGCCGGAACAGAAUGCAGAGAGUGCCACCCCGAGGGCACAGCCUCUGGAACAGCUGCGUGGCAGAGUGGCCAACCUGAAGCGAGCGGUGAGCUUGCCCAGGAACAGUGCAGCGCCUCCGUCCCCGGCCGCACCUACAGCUGGCAGCCGUGAAAAGGCACGGCUCUCGUCCGCCUCCUUUCGGCUUCCGACCACGCCCACGGCCACACCCACGUCCGCGCGGAUGGCACGUCCACAGAAACCCGAUACUCUACCCAGCGCCCUCAAUCGGGCCCAGUCCGUGCAGCGUCUCGCCCAGGUUCAGAGAACCCCAUCGCUCAGUCGGGCACGAACGCCAGGAACCCCCUCGGAUGACGGUCGCUGGCCAGCCAAUAGGGGAGCGGGAGGAGCACGUCGGGGAAUGUCUGUGACACCGGAAGUGAAUGUCUGUCGGAUGAGGGGAAGUCCGGCGCCAGGUGGCACCCUUCCGCGCCGCCGCAAACAGCAGUCUGUAGAGGAUUUGACGGCCGGACGGCUCUCCAGGAGCAACUCGAUCAGUCGAGACGCCAGGAUGACGUCUUCGGUGAUGGUGGUGCCCACGAGCAGACGGAGCCUAGCUCCAGCCACCGCCAAAGUGAACUCCCUGCGGCGUCCCCUGCAGACGGUGCAGGGUAGGACAAAGAUCUAUCACGAGACGGCAGUGCAGACGGCGCUGACCAGCGAGGACCUGGAGCAGGUCCUAGGCGGGGGGCUGCUACAGACGCGAUCCUUGGACGCAGUGGAACAGAGGGACCAAAGCAUCCAGGCGGAACCAGACCAGCGCGACUUUGAGCUGGAGCAGUUGCGCCAAGAGGUGCGCCAGCUGAGCGGGAAGCUGCAGCGAGAGCGGGAGGAGAAGCUGGCCAUGCAGCAGGAGCUGCAUCUGAACACGGAGCGGGUCAUGGGGAUGCUGGAGCUGGCCCGCGUGGUCAGCGCCAGUGCUGGAACUCCUACCUCUGAGGACAGCAACGAUGGCGGCGGCCACGACAGCCUUCUGAUGCUGGAGUCGCAGAUACAGAUGAGCGGACACGAGCUGUUCGAGCGACAGCAAGAGAUUGGCCAGCUGCGCACCAUGUGCCGCACCCUCCAGUUGGAAAUGCGCCGUUCUCUGGCCACGCAGCAUCUGUUGAUUCAGGAGAAAGCGGCCAUCGAGCAGGAGUCCAGCGAGCUGCAGGACUUCCUGCAGCACGAAAAGGCCGCCCAGUGCGACGCCCUAAGAGAGCUCGAGGCGGAGCACCAGGCGGCCAGGACACAUCUGGCCCAUCGCGAGGAGGAGGCUAAAGUACUUCGCGACGAGUGCAGGCAUCUGGUCCGGCUGAACGAGCAGAGGCGCCAGGAGAACCGCAUGCUGCAGACCAAAUACACGGCCCUGGAGGCCAAGUCGCGGGAGCUUAUCCACCAGCAGAAUGCAUCGGUAGCAGGCGCCUCCACGGCCCUCUCCGGACUGCAUUCCCGCCUGGAUGGACUCGUGGAGCAGCUAGUCUACUCCUACAGUAUUUCCGAGCAAGAUUUGGAGGACAUCCGGUUCCAGGCAGAAUCAGAACAGGUCCCCAAUGGCAUCCGCCCCAACGGACUGGACCUUCCGCUAUGUCCGGCAAACGGUGGCGAAGCCAUACACACGCUCGUCCUGGCCAGCGAUGGCUCCCUGUCGCCGCAGCGCAACCAAUCCUUCAUAGCCGCCGUCAUCGGUGCCAUUCGCCAGGCCACCACACACUCUGGCAAGCGUCUAUCGCUGCGUCAGGCGGGAAAACGCAAUGGAGGAAUAGGAACAGGCUCAGCAGGAGAAGGAGGAGGAGGCGGUUCAACUCACAACGGUUCGGCAACAGCAACAGCAACAGCGACCACGGGCCACGAGCAGCCUGAAGAAGAUUCCGACUCUACGGAAAUGCUGGACUCUGAGACGGAACCCUGCCUGCUAAUGAUGGACAAUGUGCUGGAGGAUGUGGUCCAUCCGGACUCGCACUCCCACAACAUGGUCUCAUCUUGCACGGGCAUGAUCUCCCAGAUUGAGUUGCCCACAGAGCUGAUCAGUCACCAGAAUGCAGGCGACGACUCGCUGCAGCAGCUGUCACAGGCCAUUACCAAUCGUCAGCAAAUGGAGCUGCACGUACACAAGAUCAGUGCACUUCCCAUGAAUCCUCGCGAUCAGUGCAACACGGAGGAGUUGAGCUGCCACGACUCGCUCGCAGAGCUGCCGUCUUUAAUGGAGUACAGCACGGCUCAGGCGGUGGUGGACCAGGUGAUCGAGGUGGACACGCUGGUCACCAAGUUGCUUAAGGUCCUGAGACUUGUUCAGCUGGACAACGACAAUUGCAUCCAGCAACUAAUUGUGGACAAGAACAAACUACAACAGCACAAGGAGGAUAUGCUGGAGAAACUAAAAGACUUGGAGGACGUCAACCUGAAGCUGCAGGACGAACUCAUGGAUGCCACACAGGAGCUGAUGAUUAAGGGGAGCGACCUCAGCGGAGCCAAGGCUGAGAUGCAGCGCCAUCGCAACGAGAUCGACCGCCUUAACGAAGACAUCUGCACGCUGAGCACGCUCUGCAGCAGCUACAAGAAGCUGUCGCCUACAACAGAGUUUCCGCCCAUGCGCCUGCUCUGUCCCCUUAGCCAAGAGACCGAGCAUGGCGAUGUGGCCGGUAUCCUCAAUCUGCUCAAGAUGUGGCACGCUGGCGGUCAGCUGCAGGAUCCACGCCUUAGUGCGUAUUUGCGAACGGUAUGUGUCAGCCAGGUAUCGAAUUUGCCGCAGGAUAACAACAAUGUGGAACGUCUAAGGAUAUACGCCAACCAACUAGAGCAUGUAUCAAGAGUGCUGGAGGACGACUUGCCCUUGGAGCUACACCCGCCGCUCCAGCAGUUGCGUCAGGACAUGGAGAUCGUCAGGCUAAACGCAAACUGGACGCAGCUGUUGGACCUAAGCGAGCCUGAUCAGAAUGCCAAUGGGGAUGUGGCCACAUCGUUGCAGUUGCCUUGAAUCGUGUCAAAUUGUUGUUAAUUCUAUAACUAACUAUUAGACUUAUUGCCAGUUGUUUAAUAUUAGAUACAUAUGUACACGUAGAUAGAUACAAAUGUUUGCGUCCAGCUCUCGUCUGUAAUGUGGAUGAGAGUCACCAAACUCCAAGCAAAAAAUAAGUUAUAAACAUUUUAACCCCCUCAAAGGUUGAACUAUUUUAAGAGAACAAAUAUUGUUGUACCAUACAAGAUGCUUCAGCAGUGCCAUGUGUAGCGUUUUUUGGCGAAGGAAUCAGUUGAUUUUUCGAGUCCUGGCGUCCCAUUAAAAGUACUAUAGGUAUUCCUGCUGUUAAUGCAUUAAACCUUGUUCCCAAUUUUCAAUUUGAACAAGCAAAAAUCGGCUUAGGCCGGAAACUAAGUUCGUUUGCAUUUCCAGCAACAUGAUAUACGAUAGCAAAGAUUUCUGGUGAAUCUGUAGAUCAUUUGACGGCUACACGUUUAACAAAGUCCCAAAAUUACUCCCAUCCUCCUACGUCAACAGACAAGUCCAUUUUGCACUGAGAAGUGCAUCAGAAAUACAGACAUCAAAAACCUUCCCUUCGAAUGUAGAUAGAUCUGCUCCAGCUUAGAAUGGAGUGGAAAGGUGAAAGCCACGAACCGACUUUGAAAGCAAGCUGUUUGUUUAAUACACGUACAAUAAAUAAGCAUAAACUAAAUACAUAUGUAUAAAAAUCAACUAUGAAUGAAAAAA